AUGGAAGCUAUGAAGUCUAAGGCUAUCUGUGCCCAGAACCCGAAUUGUAACAUAAUGAUAUUUUAUCCUACCAAAGAAGAGUUUAAUGAUUUCGAUAAAUACAUUGCUUCCAUAGAAUCCCAAGGUGCCCACCGAGCUGGCCUGGCUAAGAUAAUUCCGCCCAAGGAAUGGAAAGCCAGACAGACCUAUGAUGAUAUCAAUGACAUCUUAAUAGCCGCUCCUCUCCAGCAGGUGGCCUCUGGGCGAGCAGGUGUGUUUAUUCAGUACCACAAAAAGAAGAAAGCCAUGACAGUGGGGGAGUAUCGCCACUUGGCAAACAGUGGGAAACACCGGACUCCACCACACUUGGAUUUUGAGGAUUUGGAGCGGAAGUAUUGGAAAACCCGCCUCUACGAUUCGCCCAUAUAUGGCGCUGACAUCAGCGGCUCCUUGUUUGAUGCAAACACGAAACACUGGAACCUUGGCCACCUGGGGACCAUUCAGGACUUGCUGGAGCAGGAGUGCGGAGUUGUCAUCGAAGGCGUCAACACACCCUACCUGUACUUUGGCAUGUGGAAGACCACCUUCGCUUGGCACACGGAGGACAUGGACCUUUACAGCAUCAACUACCUGCACUUCGGGGAGCCCAAAACUUGGUACGCGGUGCCCCCAGAGCACGGCCAGCGCCUGGAACGCCUGGCCAGGGAGCUUUUCCCGGGCAGUUCGCGGGGCUGUGAGGCCUUCCUGAGGCACAAGGUGGCUCUCAUCUCGCCCAGCGUCCUCAAGGAGAACGGGAUUCCCUUCAGUCGCAUCACCCAGGAGGCUGGAGAGUUCAUGGUGACGUUUCCCUACGGCUACCACGCUGGCUUCAAUCACGGCUUCAACUGCGCGGAGGCCAUCAAUUUCGCCACCCCGCGAUGGAUCGACUAUGGCAAAGUGGCCUCUCAGUGCAGCUGCGGGGAGGCCAGGGUGAGCUUCUCCAUGGACGCCUUCGUGCGCAUCCUGCAGCCCGAGCGCUAUGAGCUGUGGAAACGCGGGCAGGACCGGACUGUGGUGGACCACGUGGAGCCCACGGCUCCGGGCGGCCGGGACCUGAGCGCCUGGAGGAAGAGCUGGGCGGCCGGGAGGGCCGCGCUGGGCCUGAGGCACCUGCAGCCGCGCCGCGCCGCGCGCAACCCUCGCGCGGUGGGCCCGGGCGGUGCGCCCCGCCGCCGCGCCCCUGCGCGCCAGGCGUCCCUGCGCCCCUCGCUAGCCCGCGGUUCUGCCUCUGCCGCCCAGUGCGGAGCUGGCGCGGCCCGCUGCUCCUCGAAGCCCGACCCACCCUCGCCGCCAGUCCCGGGUCCACCUGCCCGGGAUCUCCAGCCCACUGGCAGACGUGGUCGUGGUCGCGGUCGCGGUCGUCGUCCUCGGGAACAGGGGACUCAAGAGCCGAUUGUUCAGGCCCGGGUCAAGAGGUGCCGCUCAGUGGGCACAGCGCGCACUGCUCAGGACCCCGAGGCCCAGCCUGUGCCCCGGGAUAAACCGUCCAUGGACAAUCCUGCACCUCUGAGCCCGGAGACUCGCUAUCCUGCCGUGGCUUCCGGGUGCUGCUUUUCUCCAGUCUCUUAA